GACCCGGUGUGGCUCUAAGAAUGUUGAUUUUCCAUACUCUAGCUAUUUCAUCGGUCUAAGAUUUUGGAAAUUUACAAUCCGAAUUGGCCGAUACAAUCAUGUGAGCAUUGGCGUUGGUUUUGAAUCGGAUUCUCCUUCCUUCUCUCUGUACUCAGUCCUAAUGGAGGGGCAGGACUUGUCUGCCUAUUUUUCUUGGGAGACGUCUGGAUUGACUUCAGAACCGUCCUACUUUCUUGACCAAUCUUCUUCCAUGCAAGUCCCUAAAAUUUCUUUGCAUCUGGGGAUGGUGAGAAAUAUCUUCAGCUCUGUAGAAGAGCUGUAUUCCAUCUACAACAUUAGCGUGUUGCCGUCCUCUCUUUUCCAUCGGAAUGGAGUGAUUACCUUAGCAAGAUCCAGCGUCAUUCAAGUCCUACAGAAUUGGCUUAUACUCGGUUCUACUACAUAUAUUCCUGCUCAUUAUCGCUCUGCAUUUCAAGACAGCGAGUUUGAAACCUACCUUGCUACCACAAUGUCGCCUGAACUUCGAAGUAUCCCUCUGAAUUGUACCAAAGGCUUUCGCAUGCUUGGACCACUAUUCGAAUCAAUGAUAAACGCUUCAUUUAAUACCCCAUCUACAGUGGAGACAGAGCUAUUUGCCUUAAAACCAAGUGAUCGUUCUGUGAACGACUUCCUUACAUCCGAUACCCGUGCAGCCUUUCAACCAAUGGACCAUCCUAAUCAUCACUUCGUUCUCAUUCUGGUCAAUUCUAUCCAUGGUCUUCCAAUCCACCCUCUUUUACCAAGCUACAUAACUCCGAGUCUGAGAUAUUGCAGCCCCAGACAUCGGAAACGAGUAAAUCCAUAUUCAAUCCCACCUCGCCCUAGUCCAGAUGCUACUUCCGAGUCUUCAUUGCCAUGUUCGCAAACUUCUCCACCCCGCUUUCCUUCACCGGUGCUCGGUGCACCCUCAAUGCUACAUGCCGGUCCAGACAAUAUUGGUAUCGAUCAUCUUUCUGAUGGCGCUUCGCCUGUGACAGAUGACCACUCAGCGAACGAUGGGGAUCUUGUUCCAGACGGCGCCUUUGCUGAUGUUGCCGCUGCUUGCCAUCAGUUAGGUUUCAUUUUAGAGUCUGUCAAAUAUCAGCGCCGUCAAGGAAGAGGGGUUUCCUUCCUGAAUAUGCUCAACAAUUGGACUGCAACAUCAAAUUUCAUAGUUGCCUUAGGUUAUGAUAGAAAUGGAGGCCUAGAGAGCCAGAAGGUUACAUUCAAAGACGGCCCACAAUCGUUUGCAGACCUACUGGUAAACAAAUUGGGAUGGGAAAUUCGUGGGUACCAGAAGAAAAGGACCUUAUUCCAAUGGGCGGAGGAGGCGACUUUAAGAAAGAAAUGGAGCUUGACGAAGUCUCAGAACACUGAAGCUUUUAGGACAUGGAUGCGGAUGUGCUACAUUUGGCAUGAUCCUGGUUUCGUUAGAACUCACAGCAGACUCGAUUCCAAUGCAGACGACGAAAAGGAACGUGAGGCGGCUUUGCUGCGACAGGAUCACUUAUCCACUCACCGCCAUGAAAUCAAUCGUAAUCUCAUCCAGAAGUAGUUCAUAUCCACACAUUUACCCUCAUUUACCAGCAAUUGUCUCCUCCAGCAGUUCUUAUCCACGCAUUUACCCUCAUUUACCAGCAAUCUUCUCCUCCAGCAGUUCGUAUCCACGCAUUUACCCUCAUUUACCAGCAAUCGUCUCCUCCAGCAGUUCGUAUCCACACGUUUACCCUCAUUU